UGAAAGCGGAGCCAUGACAUCUCUCGUUUCAUUCUCUCUGUUCCGACUGACGACGUCACGCGCGAUGGUCGCGACGUUGUCUGACAUUUCGUCGCCUCCUUACGGCCAUUGACGAUCAUUGACGACUGCGUCGAUGCCGAGGAGAGCGUGUGACGGGUAGCGGGGGUGCGUGGUGCGUCUUCUCCGUCGUGUUUUGUGUUUUCUCGGACGUGUCGUGCCCCUCCUCCUUCUUCUCCUCCUCCUCCUUUUCUUCUUCUUUCUUCUCCGUCGAAUUUGCUCUUCCUCCUCCCCGCCUUCGCGGUAGCCAGUAGCACUGCUCCUGGAAUCAGCAGCGAGCAAUUCGACGCCACAAUCGAGGACGUCAACGAGAACAUGGACGAGGCAUAGAUCCCGAGGCUGUGCGUCGAGUCCCGAUUGAGUCGUUUUGCACCAGGACGACGAGGCAGGCAACGCUGCGUAUCGAUCUCCGAUCGUGGGCGAUGCAUCCCCGCGUUGUUGAUAAACCGUCGACCCCAACACGUCGGUAGAGAUCGCGAGAGAUGGAGAUCAUCGGCGACUACGAGUACAAUCCCAAGGACCUGAUCGGCACCGGCGCUUUCGCCGUGGUUUUCCGGGGCCGACAUCGCAAAAAACCAAAUUUGGUGGUGGCUAUCAAGAGUAUCACAAAGAAAACCUUGGCCAAGUCACAGGACUUAUUAAAAAAGGAAAUUAAGAUCUUAAAAGCGUUAACUAAACUACACCACGAGAAUGUUGUUGCGUUGUAUGAUUGUAAGGAGUCUAAUCAUAAUGUCUUCCUGGUUAUGGAGUAUUGUAAUGGUGGGGAUUUGGGGGAUUACUUAAAUGCGAAAGGUACUCUCUCCGAGGACACCAUUAGAUUAUUUCUCAAGCAAUUGGCUCGUGCAAUGAAGGUAUUACAUACGAAAGGAAUAGUUCAUAGGGAUCUCAAGCCACAAAAUAUUCUAUUGAAUCAUAACUGUGGCAAAGCUUGUCCACAACCACAGGAAAUAACACUGAAGAUAGCGGAUUUCGGAUUCGCUAGGUUCUUGCAGGAAGGAGUAAUGGCUGCAACUUUGUGUGGAUCACCAAUGUACAUGGCGCCUGAAGUCAUCAUGUCUCUCCAGUAUGACGCUAAGGCGGAUCUGUGGUCCAUUGGAACCAUAUUAUAUCAAUGUCUCACUGGAAAAGCACCACACCCUGCAAACAACCCUCAUGCGCUCAAGUCAAUCUAUGAAAACACUGUCAAUCUUGUCCCUAGCAUACCGCCUGGAACAUCGCCCGAGCUGACGAAUCUUUUGAUGGGCUUGUUGAGACGUGAGGCGAACGAUCGCAUGGAUUUCGAUCAAUUUUUUGGUCAUGCGUUCCUGAUGGGUGCUCGAGAGAGUCCUAGCCCGAGUCCAGUGCCCGCCGAACUACCUGCGUCUCCGGAUGCAAUGGUGAUUCCGAUCGAGGAAGGGACGCCGAUUGUCAAUAAAUCAGAACCCGAGGCAACGGAGACUCCAUGUUCUAGUCCUGAAGACGAUUUUGUUCUUGUACCGAGUGAUAUUAGCAGUGAUACCGAUAAUAAUCCACCAGUAAAGUAUACCAAACAAGUGAGUAGAGAAGCCAUCAGCCCACCCCGACCUUGCUUAUCGAAAUUGGGCGAAUAUGCUAGACAAACGAGCAGGGAAGCUAUCAGUCCACCUCGACCCUGCUAUCUACCAAUCUCUGAGCCGAUUCCCGUUCCAUGUCAACGAAAUACAGCGGCUCAGCAGCCGCCGCAGUCUCCCUCAACGAAUGCCGCUCGUUCCGGUGGCAGCAGCGUUGUUCCUCGCUCCCAGCCCAUCAGCAUGAAACGCAGCAUGGACUCCCAUAGAAAUCAUCCGCCAGACAUCGGUUCCCUCAGUCCACCUAGCGUGCAGUUUGUCAUAGGUACCCCACCCGGCAGAAGGUUGAGCGAGACUCCGCCGCCGCCCAACACUUGGCAAGUGAGUCCUGUAGCAAGGCAUACGCACACGCCGAGUGGGACCUCGCCUUUGCGACGUUCCACGGGCAACAACAGCGCGUCUUCGCCACUACUCACGGGUCCGCUGGCAGUUCUCGGUUCGCCUACCUCGCGAGCUUUUCAAGAUAACAACAAUACCCUCAGGCACUCGCCUGUUAUACCCUUUGGCACCAGAGCUGUCACUCUUCCGGAAAUAUCCGAAGCCGGUAGUUUUCAGAGCCUCUUUCCGGACAUACCACCAACGACAAUCGAUGAUCGUCCAUUGACGUUCAUCGCGCCGGAAUUGCCGGAGGAGACGCUGAUGGAACGCGAGCAUAACGAAAUCCUGGCGAAACUGAAUUUCGUCGUCGCGUUGUGCGAGUGCGUGUGCGAGGUCGCCCGAUCCAGAGCUGGACCGCUUGGUAACAUCGAGCAGCCAACGCCACUCAGUGGAAUCGAGCAAAUCGGUAAUGCAGCCACCAGGAAACGUGCCGAGCAAGUGAUUCUGCUAGUUCGGGCUCUUCAAUGGCUUAGUUCGGGUCUCAAUCUGGCUACUCAGGAGCUCAAGGCUGGAAGGUUACAACCGACAGCCACUGUCAAGGAAGUUGUCAGCACCAUGAACGAGAAAUUCAAGUCGUGUUUAUCAGAAUGUAAACAACUCAACAGCGCAGGACUUCUUCGUCAAACAGGAGCCACAGCAGACAAGAUAUUAUACAAUCAUGCGAUUCAUAUGUGUCAAUCAGCAGCAUUGGACGAGCUAUUCGGCAAAGGCGGCGAAUGUUUCCAACGCUACCAUACGGCACAGAUAUUAUUGCACUCGUUAGCACAGCAUGUCAGUCACAGUCAAGACCGAGCUCUGCUCAUCAAAUGUAUGUAUUACAAAGAGGCCGUGGAGAAGCGGUUGUACGUGCUACAGCAGCAAGGAUACAUCUACGCGACCGAGCUUACGUAGCGCUUGUGAAACACGACAGCCGAACACGGCGGCAACAGCCGCCCGGAAGAGGUCCCGCCCGUGCAGCAGUCGCCCGUACCAUCGUACUCGAUAUCUCUCUUAUGUAAUAUAUUCUGCCCUAUUCUGUAUAAAAGGCGAGAUUGAAGCCGAGAACUAUAAACUCUACAGCUCGAAACGGAGACGGGACUAAAUUCUUUAGCGGCUGAUUUUAUUUUCCCGAGGCUAAUUAACCCAAAAAAAUCAGAAAGCUCCACCUAGUUCCAUGUGCGGAAUAGGGUAGACGAUGAAGAAAAUGAAAGUCUCCUGAGUCACCAUAUCCCCUAUUCGUCAUCCGCCCCCGCUCCCUUAAGAUUUCUUGAUUUGUAUGGUUUAUUAAAACUCUUAGUACAAUUAAGAUAUGAUAAUUGUACACUAUAUAAUGUACGUACACGUCGAUCGAUUAACUAAUCUUUAUUUCGUAUAUCGAUCAAUAAACAUGUGUAUACUAACGGCGUUGUGCGUUCAAUGCAAAGGCACGUCUCGUCGACGACUGUGGUAGU